AUGAAUCGAUUUCGAUCAAGAAAGAAGUCCCAUGGGGAAAACUCCUCGCGGGAGGGCAGCCGACGUCCCUCGUUCGAAAAUGAAAUCCCAGCCCUUCCUUCGCUAUCAAGGACUUUCAAGAGAAAGAAGACGCCUGUUCCAGAGCCAAAGCCUGAGAUUGACCUCACAGCAGCUCUUCCAGCCACAGAUGACUUUCGGACUAGCUUGCUCAUGCCAAAGCUUGCCGCUCGCUUUAGUAUGCUCAAAGAGCAAGAUGACCCAAACUCGAUGCUCGGCAAGGCCAAUGACGACAGCGUCCUGGCUCCGAAGCGAAACUCCAGGCUCGAUCUUUUCAAUCAUCGCAACGCCUUGGCCGAUAUUGCAGAGGUGGACUCGGUUCGCGGAUCCAUGAGAAGACCCUUCGCCGUUGCUCGGACGGAGUCAUACGGUUCCGAAAGCCACCACACAGACGAUGGGGGUGUCAUGAGCAGAGCAAGGCCUGGAGAGGGGAACACUAUGUUUGGCGGGAGACAAAAGAUAUAUAAGAUACCUGUAGGAGGCGCCGGCUCGGUCAAGCACUUUGGAGGACAGGAUGAUCAUGAUGUUCCAACGACGGCGAACAUGGGGGGAAAGCCCAUCUACGAGAAUGAUACAACACUGUCCACUUUUCAGAGGCUUAGGCAACAGGAGAAAGAAGACUAUGAGAGGGCAGUCCUUGAACAAGCUCACACCCGAUCGUCAAAGGAGCAAGAUAGAUCAGGAUCGCCACCCGAACCCAGAUAUGACCGCAACCGUGAAACGACGUCUUCGACCACUUCAGUCCCUUCACACUCCCGAGCAUCGACAGCUGCCACUUCUGUAGCCUCCCAAAAAUCCGUAUACGGGGCACAAGAAAGCAUUAAUGCAUUUCCCCUUGCUAUCACACAGCCUGCUUCUUCGAAUUCUGAGCGGCCGUUUAUCAAGUCACGAAGAAUGUACGGACAAGGGCCCGAUCGAGACCUCUACGACUCAUCAUCUUCAUCUUUGCAAAGGCUGGGCUCUUUCAAUCGAUCUCGCACCCCUGUUGGUGGUCCCGCAAGCAACCAGCUACGGCAAUCAAGAAGCGCCACGAACCUAGGCGACCGUUACCAGCGUGGAGGUCCUUUCUAUGCGACGAACGGUUACCGCGCAGAGAGCCCAGGGCCAUCUCCCACACCGUCGAGAAUGGCAGAAUUUGACCUAGGUCUCGCCGAAGACCAACGGCAUCCCCAUCCCGUGGACUCGGGUUAUGGAAGAUCGCCGCCUUUAAGUCCUCCGAUGAGUCCAGAAUUGAGUUCUCACAAUGCCGAUCCCACACUCGUCGCUGCGCUUGAACCAAAUGAUGUUGGUAAGGCUACUGCAUCAGGGGCUUUCAACAAACCGAAGAAGCAGUACGAUGAGCAGCAAUACCUUCAAAGACAACUCCAGCUCCAGAGGGAACGAAACACCCCAAGUCCUCAGCUUGGACGCCCCUUCUCACCAGCCACCUCUAUCGUCAAUGACCUACCUUCUGCUUCGCGGAGUCGUAACAAUUCACAGGGAAGUAACUUCUCAAGGACGAACUCAAUACGACGGCCAUGGAUUGAAGAUCGUGUUCCACGAGCAGUUCCUGAGCGAGGUGCUUCUCCAGCUUUGCGUAAUCAUGCUGAUGAUUCAUCUCAAUCUCCAAUGGAGCGAAGCUUUCUUACAGGAAUGAAUAGCCCUGAUCCAAGCUCUGCCCCUGAGAGCGAGUCAGAGGUCGAUGCUAAUUCCCCUGUGCUACCCAAUGCAAAAUUUCAGAGCUUCUCCCAGCCACAAGCUCCGAAAAGAGACGCCUUUUUCCAGGCGUCCAAAUUCAACGCUGCUUCGAAUAACACGGAGGAGUUCAUCGACGAUACUGCGUCAGAGAGCCGAAGUUACAAAAGUGAGGCCACCGUGACAGCUUUGCAACAAUCUGAUAUUGCCAAAAAUACCAUCACUUCGAACAUUGAUACUGACUCUCCGACUCUUGGUCCCGUUGGGGUGCCCAACGGUCUGAGUAGCUUGGUUCGUGCGCAUUUGAGGAACGACAGCGGACAAUCGUCGAAUUAUCCAGACGACUCUGUCGAGCAGGGUCGAAGAGUUGAAGCGCGUGACAGUAUCUUUGGUCAUGGAUCUGCGCUCAAUGAUCAAGAUGCACAGAAACCCAACUAUGCUCUCAACAGCCAUCAGGAUGACUCGGUACCGCCUCCCUUGUCCUUGGCAGCACGAAACAUGCUGGAACAAGCAAGAUCAUUGCGCGAUAUUGAGUCUGCAAAGGCUAAGCAAACGCUGGGAAAUAACAAAGCGCAGCGCAUUCUUGGUGGUGAAGCCCCCCGUGGUAAUCAUGACAUCAAAGCUUCAUGGCAGGAGCAAGUCCGAGCUCAUCAUAAUCGUGGACCAAGCACAGAAACUCAGAAGGAAAGAGAAGAGCUUGCGCAAGAGCUCGCUGAAAGGAGACGCAUGGUAGUGGAUAAGCUGCAGCCUUUUGCGGAGACACAAAGCCGAUCCGGCAGUCCAGCGCCAGCAACGCGCACACGAGAAAACAGUCCCCACAAGACAAGUCAUGCCUUUGGGUUGCUCAAGAAAUCAAGUCGCGGGUCCCUGAUCGGAAAACAAGAGAAACCUUCCAAAGCUAUGAAAAUGUUGGGCAUCGAAAAUGAUUCAACGAACAAUCAACUUCCAAACGGUAUACUCAAGUUGAGGGACCAAUAUCCAGAUCGUGCAAUGGCUCCUCGAGCUAAAACGCCAUUUCGUUCUGGAAGGCAGCAAGGUGUACCUCCGGUCAUGAACGAAGCGCUCGGUACAGGCAAUCACAGCAAAGUUUACCAGAGUAACCAAGAUUGCACCCCGCGAGGGCAUUCCCGCCAUUCUUCGAAGAGCAGUUCGGCAUACUCGGAGAGUUCGGACAAGCAUUCGAUACCACGCAACGGCCCUAUGAAGAUGCCGGACCCAGAAGGUCGAUCCAGGCAGAACUCGUCAAACACUCCUACAAACGAACAUCGACCUCAAACUCAUGGCAUUCAAGAAUCACCAUAUGGGUCAUCGGCCGCCGGGCAAGGGAACAUACCUGCAAACAUGGCAGAGAGGUCACACUCAGCAACGUCUGGGCGUCAACGCAGCAAUAGCAAACCUUCAGCUUCACCUCUUGAAAAGCGGAUGGCCCCUCCUGGGACCCCUUUCAUGAUCAAUCCCUCUUCCAGGCCUGUGGCUGCUAGAAACAACCACUCCGCUCCUAGUCUGCACGAAAGUUCAGCCACGACAUCCGGCCAGCAGCCUCCUUUAGCCAGUCCUCGCUACUCUCCCACGCGGAAUAUGGUCCUUCCUGGGCGAAGCCGGAAACAGUCUGUCAAUAAGCAAGAUAUCUCGGAGCCCACUUUUGUGUCCUGUACUUCUUCCGUUGAUACUGUUGAUUUGCCUCCUGGGGCAAGCCUGAAGAAUGGGAUGGAUACUCCGCCAUCACCAACAAGUGCACCACCAAUUCCAACCCGCGAUGUUCGACGGAAAAGAACCCACACUCUCCGUCAAGCAUUUGGUAUAGCGGACAAGGCUGACGCUCCACGAUCGAUGGUGUCUCCAUCGAAUAAUCAAGCAACACAUGAAAGCCAUCAAGGCGAAUGCAGUGCAUUUUCUGAUGACGAACCUACUCAGAAAGUGAAGCAGCAGCCGAGGAAAUUGAUCAGGCCAGACACCUCGAAUAUCAAACCAAGACAAUUCGGAUCUCAAACGCCGAGCCCAGCGGUGUCCCAGAGCCCUUUUCUUCAAUCGACAAGUCCAACUUCCCCUAAUCAUGUACCAUUUCAACUCCAGAAAGAUGUGCCGGCUAGCGCAGUCAUGUUCUGA